AUGAACGCUAAAAAUAGUACUGCUGGCAGAGCCUUCCUCAAUGAGGUUAUGGCCUUCGACCAGCCAUUGGUUACAAUCUUUCCUAGGGGUCAUACUCAGCUACCACUUGAAUCUGAAGUUCUCGAUCAGCUCGACGUCUUAAGCCCUCAAUCGGUGCCUACUAUCCCUGUGUCUUGUCUGACAGCACCAAAGGUUGGAGGGUUCGGACGAACAGCACAAGCGACUUGUCUUCUGGAUCAAGUUUUCAAAAGUUUUGAAACUGUGGACAUUGAUUCUAGACUGCUCCAGCUGGAUGGACUUGAUACUUCUAUUCAAACCUUUCUUUCGUUAGUUAUUCCGCAAGGUCACGCGCGGCGUGGCAACUUUUGCGCAGCAGUGCAUCUCGCUAUCAGGGCACUCUUCACAUUACACUGGCACAUUCUUAGACAGCCACCGCAAGUUGUUAGGGCCAAGUUCAAACCACUCGAGGGAUGGUACAGGAACUCACAGGAGGCGCUUGAAACUGUCACGAAGAUAGUCAUUGACAUAGCCGAGUCCCUCCUUGCCCCGGCUACCGCAAACACGGUGACCUUUACGGUUGACGCUAUGCCUCUUGUGUACCCCUACAACGCUCGAGCCGCGCUGAAGCACAUCAACACUAGCACUCGGGUGGAAGAUGCCGACUGGCUGAGGAACGCCGAUGGCGUGCUCAAGAAAUCUCUCGACAGAUAUUUUGAACGGUGGGGUGUAAGCAAUAGUUGGACUUAG